AUGCCGAAUUUCCUGGCGCGGAUCAACCGCCCUAUACUGGAGCGUGCUAAGCAUGCGCCAGGGGAGUCGUCGGAUGAUACACACACAGGCAGUCGCGAUGCGAAUGUGAAACCCCCUAGCAUCGCGUCGUCCAAGUCAAGUCUGCCUUCCAGCGCGCUAAAAAGCUUUGGAAAACUACGCACAAUGAAGUUUGGCUCAAGAAAAGACGUGGAGAGAACAACAGUGUUCCCUUCGAGUGAAUCCCUGAACCAUAUGCCUGACUCCAACGAUGCCAGCCCACGAUCGUCCCUUGCUGCAUUGCGCAUGUCGCUCGAUCGCAGCAACCGAAAGUCGUCCUUCUCGCCUUCGAAAGACUCGCCCCGCGCUUCUGUAGAUACGUCGGAGCUGACGAGUGUGCCCAUUGUCACCAAGCUCACCACCUCUCAAUCCACAGAGGAAGUGCCGACGGUCAUCAGUGAGGCCACGUCGCCCAUCCCAGAGGUGGACCCCAGUGCUAUUCAGGAAGACGAAGAAGAUACACCUGGCUUUGCUUCCACGUCGGCCUCGCCUUAUUUAAAGAGCGAGUCAAAGAAUGUAUCACCGGCUGUGGCCUCUUCGGCGAUUUUAUCGCCUGCCAUGACUUUACCCUCGUCGGUGUCUUCGCCUGCCAUGAACGUGACCUCGCCCGCUCUUGCCACGACGGCUGUUGUCGAUCGCCCUAUCAGCAUGAGCUCGACUAAUGCGUCGCUUCACGUGUCGGCCACGGCAUUGACAGAGCCUGAUACAGACACAGAAGCUGUGUCGGCCUCGAGUCAUCUUGGCUCCCAAGAUGACAACCAUUCCGAGCACGUGGACCCCGUAUCGGCAGCGGAGAAGGAGGUAAGUGCUGCCUCGCAGCCAAGCCUGGAAAACAAGGCUGUGGUAGAGGGGCCCACAGUCUCGGCAGAGACAUCUGAUCACACCCCACCCACCACAUCUCUACCGAUGUCCACGGCCAAUGUACCGAUUCUGCCCAAGCCUCAUUUGCCAUGGCUCGAUGUGCCGCCCAAGCCAGUGUCGCCCAAACUCGUCACAAACGACACUCCGAGUAUCCCUUCCGUACUUCCUCGGGAGACGACUGUCUCGCCUGUGCCCAUGUCACCAUCGGCCUCCCCUGCUAUUUCGUCACAAGGUCUGCCGGCAUCAUCGAGUGCCGUGGAUGUUCAUUCAUCGUCGUGGGAUACUUCGACAACGGCCUCCUCCAUUUCGCCAUCGAACAGUGAGCGACGGGCUAGCGGAUCGUCGUCUGGUGUAUUUGGCUCCCUGGGGAAGCGAGGCCUCGAUAUGAUGGGACGACUACGUACAUCGACAGCAGCUAUACCCACGCAACGGAAACCCACCUUGGCGCGCGACGCUAGCAAACAAGACCCGCGACGUCGCUCCAUGUUCUUACCUAUGUUGAUGGCCCGUGGCGAUGCGGCGGCCAAAGCAGCUUCGCUACAGACUCCUACGCGUGUUUGGCUGGAUUGGCUGGAGGCGCCUUCUGCUACUUCGAUACCCCGCUCAUCCAAAUUCCGCCCCCUUCGCUCUUCGUCGAUGCUGUCGUCUUCCAGCAGCAUGCAAUCCCUUCGGCAACCCACGUCCCAGACGUCGGCAGACGAUGCUACCACGAGUCUCUUUGGACUGCCAUUGCAUGAAGCUGUGAUGGCAACGCGCGCCUCUACAUGCUUCUCACCGCCAGCUCCGAGCGACAAUACGAAGAUGGAUCCAGCUCGACCGAGUUUGCUCAGUCGCCGAGAAGCGCAGCUCUACUGCCUGCCCCGCUUGGUAAUGCGGUCCAUUGAGAGUCUUGAGAAAUGGGGUGUGGAUGAAGAAGGCAUCUACCGGAUUUCAGGCCGAAGCUCACACUCGUCCAAGCUGCGUGCCUAUUGGGAUGUGCCAGGUGCUGAUUUGGCAAUGGUCGACAUUGGCCCAGCGGAUCUCGAUGUGCACGCUGUGUGCAGUGUGUUGAAAAUGUACUUGCGUGAACUCCCAGAGCCUUUAGUGCCUGAGGAUGUUGCACAGAUCAUGGACCGGCUGUGUGGUGACAAAUGCACCCAACCACCGCUUCGCCCUGACUCGGCUAUGAGCACGACAAUGCCACGAGCCAGUCCGGCACCUAGUCCGAUGAGCGAAGAAAAGCAUGCUGCCUUUAUCGCAGAGUUAAUCCCGCUUAUGCAGCGUAUUCCUUACUGCGAGUGGUACAUGCUCCGUGAAAUUACAGAACACCUUGGUAUACUCACACAGCCAGCCAAUGUGGCCAAGACCAAGAUGACGCUUUCCAACCUGACAUUGGUGUUGGCUCCUACGCUGCAACUGUCCGGUCCCCUGUUUAUGACACUGGUACAGGGUCGUAAUCAGCUCUUUACAGAAGAAACACGGCCUACCUGGAACGCAGACCGUGAAAGCAGUACCAAGAGCGUCACACCUUCCAUCCCAUCGUCACGCUCACCGUCUGUAUCCUCCUCUGUGUCGACGAAGCUUAUGGAUGCGGUGGCUACGUCGCCAUCUAUGCACGAACCCGCUGCACCUCUCCCCAUCUCUUCUACAACUAUAGCUUCACCAGGACGGGAAACGGCUUCCCUUUCACCGGAGACGACUGGGUCACCAACGUAUUCCGACACCGGGCUUGGCAUUCAAGUAUUGCCGACCAUUGUUGCUGCUACAGAGACGGAUUCGGACCCUGACGCAGACGCAGACGAGACCCAUGUGGCAAGCCCAUCGCUUAUUACCAUUACUGAGGGUGCGCAGGCCGCACGCUCUCCUUUCCUAACAGAGACACACUCACUUGUACCUCCAGCAGUGGGUGUAAGCCCUUCAGAUGAUCACAAUGCUUCUAGCACGUCCAAUGACAACUCUAAUAAUAGCAAGGGCACGCCACUUGCCUCAACUACGAGCACACCUGUGAUUUCUUCGAGUAUUGAUACAGAUCCUAGCAAUAUUUCCGCCGAUGACUUUCAUCCAGCCGAAGAGAUGCAAGAUGCGCUAGAGAGUCAGAACGCGGAGGAAGAAUUCCAGGAAUCUCAAGAAGCUGAUACCAGCCAUACGUCGAUUCUUCCUAUCGCUGAACGGUUUUCUCAGCCACGAAGCGAGAUUUUGACAGACACUCCCAAAGAGGACGUGCCAUAG